GGAUCAUGGGUUGUGGUUAUGUAUGUUUAGACAGUCUACCAGUUAGUGCGAUGUACCGAAGUAUUCAUCAGUGGAAUAAUAUGAUGCUGGGGGUUUGCUUUAAAGUACCUCGGCGAAAAAGAGAGGGCAAAAUAGGUGACAUGAAAAUGGCGAAGUUUUGAACGACUGAAGCUGGGUGAUGCAUCUGGGGGGACGUUUUUAUGUCAUUCCUUCACUUUGAAAAAUUUGAAAGUUUUGUGUUAAACAGUAAAAAGAAAAAAAAUCCUCUUGGCUUUUCUCCAAGAAUCCUGAACACUUGCCUUUGCCUUUCAGAGUGACCGGCUCCUCAUCAAAGGUGGACGGAUCAUCAACGAUGACCAAUCCCUUUACGCCGAUGUCUACCUGGAAGAUGGGCUUAUCAAGCAAAUAGGAGAGAACUUAAUCGUUCCUGGGGGAGUGAAGACCAUUGAAGCCAAUGGGCGGAUGGUUCUUCCUGGAGGCAUCGACGUCAACACGUGCCUGCAGAAGCCAUGCCAGGGGAUGACCGCAGCCGACGACUUCUUCCAAGGGACCAGGGCAGCGCUGGUGGGCGGGACCACGAUGAUCAUUGACCACGUCGUUCCCGAACCUGGGUCCAGCCUGCUGACCGCCUUCGAGAAGUGGCACGAAGCAGCCGACACCAAGUCCUGCUGCGACUACUCCCUCCACGUGGACAUCACGGGCUGGUACGAUGGUGUUCGGGAGGAGCUGGAGGUGCUGGUGCAGGACAAAGGUGUCAAUUCCUUCCAAGUCUACAUGGCCUAUAAGGAUCUCUACCAGAUGUCCGACAGCCAGCUCUAUGAAACCUUCACCUUCCUCAAGGGGCUGGGAGCUGUGAUUCUGGUCCAUGCAGAAAAUGGAGAUUUGAUAGCUCAGGAACAAAAGCGGAUCCUGGAGAUGGGCAUCACGGGUCCCGAGGGCCACGCCCUGAGUCGGCCUGAAGAGCUGGAAGCUGAGGCCGUGUUCCGGGCCAUCACCAUCGCCGGCCGGAUCAACUGCCCCGUGUACAUCACCAAGGUCAUGAGCAAGAGUGCAGCUGACAUCAUCACCCUGGCCAGGAAGAAAGGUCCCCUAGUGUUCGGCGAGCCCAUCGCUGCCAGCCUGGGGACGGAUGGCACCCACUACUGGAGCAAGAACUGGGCGAAGGCGGCAGCGUUCGUGACCUCCCCUCCCCUGAGCCCGGACCCCACCACCCCCGACUACUUGACUUCCCUGCUGGCCUGCGGAGACCUGCAGGUCACAGGCAGCGGCCACUGUCCCUACAGCACUGCCCAGAAGGCGGUGGGCAAGGACAGCUUCACUCUGAUCCCCGAGGGCGUCAACGGGAUCGAGGAGCGGAUGACCGUCGUCUGGGACAAGGCAGUGGCGACUGGCAAAAUGGAUGAAAACCAGUUUGUCGCGGUCACCAGCACCAAUGCAGCCAAGAUCUUUAACUUGUACCCAAGAAAAGGGCGGAUUGCUGUGGGCUCAGACGCCGACGUGGUCAUCUGGGACCCCGACAAGCUGAAGACCAUAACGGCCAAAAGUCACAAGUCGGCGGUGGAGUACAACAUCUUCGAGGGCAUGGAGUGCCAUGGCUCGCCCCUGGUGGUCAUCAGCCAGGGCAAGAUCGUCUUCGAGGACGGAAGCAUCAACGUCAACAAGGGCGUGGGCCGCUUCAUCCCACGGAAGCCUUUCCCAGAGUACCUCUAUCAGCGCGUCAAAAUCAGGAACAAGGUUUCUGGAUUGCAAGGGGUUGCCAGGGGCAUGUACGACGGCCCCGUGUACGAGGUGCCAGCUACCCCCAAAUACGCGACUCCCGCUCCCUCAGCCAAAUCUUCUCCUUCCAAACACCAGCCUCCGCCCAUCCGGAACCUCCACCAGUCCAACUUCAGCCUGUCAGGUGCCCAGACCGAUGACAACAACCCCCGGCGCACCGGCCACCGCAUCGUGGCCCCCCCGGGCGGCCGCUCCAACAUCACCAGCCUCGGGUGACCGGGGCCGCCGGACGCGCCGGAGCGAAGGAGUCUGGGAGUCGUGUCCGUUCCUUUUCCUGUCCGUGUUUUUGAAACCCACAGUUUAGUUGGUGCUGAUGGAGGGAGGGGGAAACCGAAUGACGUUCCUGCCUGUUUUGUUUGGGAGGAAGUGGUGCUCGUGUGGCGUGUGUGCUUGGAACUUCCUGCCCACAGUUGGGUGUCCAUGCCGAACUCCCUCGGAGCAUGGCGUGUUCAUUUCCCCUCCCUAGUGACCCGCGGGGUGUAGCAUCGUCUUGUUCUGUCCCUUCCGCUUCUCUCGCCACCGGCUCCACGGUUCUCCGAGUGGUGGUCCCUCCGCGCCCUGUAGUAGCUGUUCUAGGAUAGUAGAUGCAUGUUCCUAAAUUUCGUAUGCAAGUCUGUGAGUGCCAAGGACCGACGGAGACACGAUGCCAAGACCUCGCGCCCUCGGGGGCAGUUCCAGAACGCUUGCAGCCAAGACGUUUUCUCAUUGCCCCCACCCCCGUCUACGCGAGAGAGAAGCCUGCCCCCCCCGAGAUCUUCUGUGCGUUCUCGGGAUGGCAGGGGAAGCCUUGCCCUUGGUGGCGGACAAGCGUCAUUCAUGUCUUGUGUCAGAAACCACGGUCUCUGUGGCACCCGUGCCUCACCGUGCUGUCUUUCUGGUCGGUGUGUGUUCUUCCAGCCAGCUCUGGGCUUGGGGCCGAGCCAGGUUCGCACUCAGAAAGGGUCUCCCCAUCCCCGUGCAGGGCUGACGAUGAGGGAGGUGACGGCUGCUCCCGGCGGCCCGAGUCCUGGCCCCUCCGGGCGGUUGACGGGGCAGUCAUAUUUUUAAGGUUUUGUACAAAGUUUUCCUUUGUAAUCACUCCCAUUUUUACUUAACAACCAACUUGUCGUGGCUCUUAUUUCUGAAUUCGAAGCUUGUGGGAAAAUAAAGAGAAUGAACUGCCCUCUGA